GUGUUGGAAAAGGAGAAAAAAAAACAACUGUCACAAGAAAUCAAAAUCACUGUUUGGGGAGGGUGAUAGAAAGCGACGAGGCGGUGAACAAAGGCGCUAACUUGUCAUCAGGACUGUCACCAGCGAGUCGUGUGACCUGUUAUUGGGUGUCAUGUGACAGCUAAACUGGCGGGUGUCGCAGAAGACUGUCAGGCAGAGGGGCGUGCGGAGGUGUAUUGUACAAGCUGCAGUGAUUCCCAGUGGAUGUUGAGGAAGAAUCUGUGGGAAUGUCGUCGUUGUUUCGCAGUCAGGAGAUGGCUUUGUGCCAGCUGUUUCUGCAGUCAGAAGCAGCUUAUGCCUGUGUGUCUGAGCUGGGAGAGCUAGGACUUGUCCAGUUCCGAGAUUUGAACCCAAACGUAAGCGCUUUCCAGAGGAAGUUUGUUGCAGAAGUCCGAAGAUGUGAAGAAAUGGAAAGAAAACUGCGUUAUGUGGAGAGGGAAAUGAAGAAGGAUGGGAUAAGGGUUACGGAGACGGGAGAUAGCCCCAAGGCACCCUUCCCGCGGGAAAUGGUGGAUCUCGAGGCUGCAUUUGAGAAGUUGGAGUCUGAACUCCGUGAAGUGAACACAAACGCAGAAGCUCUGAAGAGGAACUACCUGGAGUUAUCUGAACUCAGAGAAGUGCUGAAAAAGACGCAGACUUUUUUCUCAGUGCAUGAAGAAGAACACAUCUAUCAGUCUUUGGUGGAAGACUCCCAAUAUUCUUUGGCAACAGCUGAGGCGCCCACAGCGCAAACCAGUGUCAUGCAACUGGGAUUUGUAGCAGGAGUUAUAAACCGAGAAAGAAUGAUGGCAUUUGAGAGAAUACUGUGGUUUGCGUGCCGUGGAAAUGUAUUUCUGAAGACAGAAGAAAUUGCUCAACCUUUGGAAGACCCGCAUUCUGGAAAUGAGAUGCACAAGUGUGUCUUCCUGAUUUUCUUCCAAGGGGAACAACUCAAGGCUCGUGUGCGUAAAAUAUGUGAUGGAUACAAGGCUACACUCUACCCUUGCCCAGAGUCUGCUCAGGAGAGACAGGAAAUGUUGAACGGGGUGACAGUCCGGCUGGAGGACCUCCGUCAUGUUUUGGAGCAAACAAAGGAACACCGCAGCCGUGUGCUGAAGAAAGCGGCCAAAGAGAUCCACCAUUGGAUAUUGAAGGCUCGGAAAAUCAAGGCUAUUUACCACACACUGAACAUGGCCAACUUUGACAUGUCCCACAACAGUCUGAUAGCCGAGUGCUGGUGCCCUGUCAGUGCUUUGGAUCAGAUUAAAAUGGGACUCAAUCAAGGAACAGAAGCCAGCGGGAGCACAGUCCCUCCCAUCCUACACAGAAUGGAGACAGAUGAAGACCCUCCCACCUUCCAAGCCACAAACACCUUCACCCAGGGCUUCCAGAAUAUCGUGGAUGCCUACGGUAUAGCCAACUACAUGGAGGUCAAUCCAGCCCUGUAUGCUGUGAUCACCUUCCCAUUCCUGUUUGCGGUGAUGUUUGGGGAUGCAGGACACGGCUUCAUAAUGUUCCUGUUUGGGCUGUGGAUGGUGGUGAAGGAAAAGUCCCUCCUCAAACAGAAAACUGACAAUGAGAUAUGGAACACAUUUUUUGGCGGCCGUUACAUCAUCAUGCUAAUGGGACUAUUCUCUAUCUACACUGGGAUGUGUUACAAUGACAUCUUCUCCAAAUCAGUCAACAUAUUUGGUACCAAGUGGCAUCCCAACUAUACGCUGUCUACCUAUGAGAGUGUUGAUAUCCUUCAGAUGAACCCCGAGUUUGACACAAAACCCAAGGAUCCUUACCCAUUUGGAAUUGACCCAGUAUGGCAGCUGUCCACCAAUAAGAUCACUUUCCUGAAUUCCUUUAAGAUGAAAGUGGCUGUGAUAUUGGGGAUCUGUCAGAUGUUGUUUGGUGUGGCUCUCAGUUUGGCCAAUCAUAUCCACUACAGAAGAUUCCUGAACAUAUUUUGUGAGUUCAUCCCAGAAGUGAUUUUUCUCCUAGCAAUCUUUGGAUACCUUGUGGCCACAAUUUUCUACAAGUGGUUAUCAUAUGAUGUUACCCUGACCCAGGAGGCUCCCUCUUUACUUAUCCAUCUCAUUAACAUGUUCCUGAUGAAGUAUGAUACGGAAGACCCCACUCCGCUGAGUCAACGUCCUUACUAUGAGGGCCAGAAAACUGCCCAGACGGUGAUGGUAGCCUUGGCAGGAAUCUGCAUCCCAUGGUUGUUACUACCUAAACCCUUCAUCCUGAGAGCGAUGAACAGCAGGAAACAGAGAGCAGGUGGCUUGUCACAAUCACGGGGACGUCCUGGUGAAGAACGAGGUCCAACCUGAAGAUAGCGGUGCCUCUGGAGGCAAAUAUUCUAAGCUCACGGAUCAGCCCGCACAGAAUGCUGGUAGUAGUUCUAUAGAAAUGUCGACUGUAGAUGAGUGAGAGAGACCGUUUAGCCAGAAAAUGUUAUAGAACGUGAUCAAGUGGAGUUUUGCUGAUAUGCUCGUUCCACAUUGGAACUGGACAUGCUACAGGCCUGUAUGUGUUGAUAAACAGUUUUAUAGGCUGCGCUAUUUCAUUCACACAUACCCUGAUAAAUACCCUUAUUCCUCAACCUUUUUACGUAUGAAAGACCAAAUUUUAGGACAAUUUAUGCACAUUUAUAAUUUGAUUUUGGAGACAAAACCGUAUUGGUCAGAUUGGCCAAUUUCAUAGCUUCAAAAAGCAUCAUUUAUAAGUCAGCACAGAAUAAUGCUUCAGAAUAUGCUUGAAUAAGCGCCUUGCAAACAUGUGGAAAUGUUGAAGAAUGGGAGUAACUAUAUUUGACCUUUAAUACAGAUCCUAGUAAAUCCAGCUAUGUCUUACAGUCACAGGCUGGAAAGUGAAGGAAUCAGUGUUCAAAAGGGACAAUCUGAUGCUGUAGCUCUGUACAACUAGCACCUACAGAGGUUGUCAUGAGGUUGUAUAAACUCCUCACAACCUCCCCUUGUGUACGUUGUUGUAAUGCUGUAACUCAGUACAGCCCUGUAGGUCUACAUCCUCGCACUGAAAGGGUUGUUUGAUGCUAUAACUUUGUACAACCUCCCUCGGAGAAGGUUGUUGUAUAUUACUACUGUACAACCGCCCUCUAAGAAGGUUGUUAUAAUGCUAUAACUGUACAACCCCCCUCCGAGAAGGUUGUUGUAUAUUAUUACUGUACAACCGCCUUCAGAGAUGGCUGUUGUAAUGCUAUAACUGUGCAACUGCCCUCUGAGAAGGUUUUUGUAUACUGUUACUGUAUAACCCCACUCUGAGAUGGUUGUUGUAUACUAUUACUGUACAACGGCCCUCUGAGAAGGACGUUGUAAUGUAAUAACUGUGCAUAUGCCGUCUGAGAAGGUUGUGGUAUAUUAUUGCUGUACAACAGCCCUCUGAGAAGGUUGUUGGAAUGCUAUAACUGUGCAACCACUCUGAGAAGGUUGUUUUAAUGCUAUAAUUGUACAACCUUUCCUCUGAGAAGGUUGUUGUAUACUAUUACUGUACAACCACCCUCUGAGAAGGCUGUUGUAAUCCUCCCUCCCUCUGAGAUGGUUGUGGUGUACUAUUGCUGUAAUGCUAUAGCUCUGUACAACCUCCCUCUGAGUAAAUUGUUCAAGUACUAAAACUCUGUACAACCUCCGUCCACAGCCAGAAUUGCAGCAUCUGAUCUCAAAACGCGAGGUAUUGAUCACGCCAGUUUCUAGCGGUUUGGUUCGACUAAUUAUAUCACAUCAUUAACAGCACGGCAAUUGGUAGAUGUAACUGACAUCCAGUGGAAAGUUUGUAUGGUGAAAAUGGUAAUGGUGUGUUAGGCCGCUACAUUUGUAGCUGGAAAUAGCUCUGUUUGGCUUUAUAAGCACACAGAGCACACUUUGUAUCGGCUACGCAUUUUUGUAGUAAAUUCUUUUGCUGCUACUCUUCUUAAUAUACAUAUACUGACAUCUAUGCUACAUUCUCUUCAUAAUGCUUUCACUGUUUGGCAAAUCCUGAUAUUUAAUCUUGAACUCUUGGUAUGUACAUAGAUAUUUUGUGUUUUACUCAUCAUAUAUAAGAUCUGUCUUUCUGAAUCUGAAUAUAGCUAACUCAGUUAUCUGCCUGUUGGCUUUAAAUAGUACUUUUCAUACACAUAGUUGUGCUAUUUCCUGUGUUCAGGUGGUGGUAGUGGUGCUAGACAUGUGUUCAUGUGGUGGUAGUGGUGCUGGACGUGUGUUCAGGUGGUGGUAGUGGUGCUGGAUGUGUGUUUUGGUGGUGGUGGUAGUGGUGCUGGAUGUGUGUUCAUGUGGUGGUAGUGGUGCUGGACGUGUGUUUUGGUGGUGGUGGUAGUGGUGCUGGACGUGUGUUCAUGUGGUGGUAGUGGUGCUGGACGUGUGUUUUGGUGGUGGUGGUAGUGGUGCUGGAUGUGUGUUUUGGUGGUGAUGGUAGUGGUGCUGGAUGUGUGUUCAUGUGGUGGUAGUGGUGCUGGACGUGUGUUUUGGUGGUGGUGGUAGUGGUGCUGGACGUGUGUUCAUGUGGUGGUGGUGGUAGUGGUGCUGGACGUGUGUUUUGGUGGUAGUGGUGCUGGUCUUACUUAUGUAAUAAAUACCUCCAGCUGAACUUUGUCAAUAAAGUAAAUAAGGCAAACAUAGUGGCCCACUAUUGUGAAUAAGUGAACUGAAUAUACUGGUAUUCAAUUGAUAUAAAUAAAUUGUUAAAUGUCUAAGAGGACAUGAAUUUAUAAAUAUCUGCCUGAGUGGGUAAUACUGUCUACUUAUAGCAUGUUUAUAGCAUGUUAGAAAUACACAUCGGUGUAUUUAUCGUGUAACUUUAUGUAACAUCACUUAUCACUCAUCAAAUUUUGUUAAGUUUAUACUGGUUGACUGGCCUGCAUGAAGCAUGAUAGUACCUUAGCCUGGCCCUGUACUUCAUUGCAUUGUACUGGAAAUGAUUUAAUCAAAAUCUGAUAAUAAUGCACCUCUGUUUUAAAGGCGUAAUAAUUCAGUUGGAGUUUAUAUUUAGCUGUUAAGCAUGUACUUCACAUGGCUUUAAUGCAUCUCUUUUUCAAAUUAUUUCUUCAUUUUUGUCUUUCCAGAGUUUAAAUAUAUGUUUGACGUUUAAUCAGGUUUAAAGAUGAGCAUGUAAAUUUACCAUAUUUUCAGCUACAUUUUUUUUUUAAUCAAACCUGUACAUUUCACAAUGGUCAUCCAUUUGUGGACGUUAAGGGUUUGUUGUUGGUUCUGUCUUGCAGUCCGUGGUAAAUGAAGUGUCAAUUACCGUGACAACAGAUGGGGAGCCAGAACUAGCCAAUGGCAAGGAAGUUGUAAAGCCCAAAGAGACCCAUGAAACUGAGGAGUUUGAAUUUGGAGAGGUGUUCAUUCACCAAUGUAUCCACACUAU